GUGUGAGCUUUACACAGCCACAUCAUCGCUGAGAUCGAAGAGCAGAUAAGCGUGCUUGAAAAGGAGACACGCUGACGACACUCUCUUGCUUUGCUGCAGAGUCACAACCCCCUAAGCCACUUUUGCUCACCACCUGUUUUCACCCUCAGCGCCACCAGCACCAUGACUUUCAACGGCAACUGGAAAGUGGAGCGCAAUGACAACUAUGACAAGUUUAUGGAACAAAUGGGUAUCAAUAUGGUGAAGAGGAAGCUGGCCUCCCACGACAAUCUGAAAAUAACCAUCGAGCAGAACGGAGACAAGUUCCACGUGAAGGAGAGCAGCAAUUUCCGCACCCUGGAAAUCGACUUCACCCUGGGGGUCAACUUCGAUUACAGCCUGGCUGACGGCACUGAAGUAUCUGGCUCGUGGGCACUGGAGGGCGAAACGCUGAAGGGCACCUUCACCAGGAAAGACAAUGGCAAGCCGCUGAUAACCACAAGAAUUGUGCAAGGAGAUGAGCUCAUACAGAGCUACAGCUAUGAUGGCAUUGAUGCUAAAAGAAUUUUCAAGCGGGCUUAGGUUUGAGAAAUCUUCUGAGGAGGUUACAGACAAUAUUGUAUGACCUGCAUACCCUGCACUGUUUGUCAGACGUCCUCCUGAAAAUGUUUUAAUUGCAGUGGAUUCUGACUUUGCUGUCAUAAUUACAUCCUUAUUUUUGGUGUUUAAUUUUAAAGGUAGAUCAAAACGUCUCACAAACUAGUUUUUAUUGAGCCAUAAAAAAAAUUAAGCUCUUG